AUGAUUGCUGGUAAAGUCCGAGAUAUUCCUAGACGCACAAACAAACCAAUCGUUGAGACAGCUUUGACAAAGGUUGGCAGGAAUUCUGAACUAAUAUUUCGCUGUAUUUUCGAUAAAUCUGUUGAGGAUGUGUUUUAUAAGAUCUACUGGUAUGUUGAUAACAAGUACCUGUCUUCAUCAAAACCACACAGAUGGGAGGAUCGAGGUGGGAGCAAUGACCUUGAUGAGACAACCUUAAAGGAGAAAGGCUUUAAAACCGUUGGUUUCAAUGUUUACUGUGGAGUCAGAGCGAGUUUUCAAACGGAGUCAGCGGCCAGCCUGCCCAUUUUCAGUCAAGUGAAAUACGUAGGAAUAAAGCUAUACAACACAACAGUGUAUUUGGACAAAGAACCAGUUGAGAUAUUUUUUCAGCUGACCGCUCCCUUUGGUUGCAUAGACGAUAAAGACUGUUCAUUAGAGAUUCAGCUUCUCGAAAGAGACGACAUCCAAGACAACAAUUGUGAACGAAAGAACCUUGUUGCAUCCUAUUGUGGUGUCAGUGUGGAGAAGAGCAAGUGGGACAAAGUCCACAGUUUUGUAAUUAAGCGUAGAACGACCGUGAAUAAAAACACGAAAACAACGUCAACAUCAAUAAUGAAGCUCACAACAUCUCAGCGGAAUUGGAACCAUGGACUUUGGGCCAAUUAUAAUGAUUUUGGAAACGUUCUGAUUGAGACAAGAGAGGACACGUCGAUGAUACAGGGUAAACAGUGUCAUGCGGUUUGUGAUCCUCACAUGAAAACAUUGGAUGGCAGGUACUACGAACAUCAGUAUGGUGGUAUUUUCACACUGUAUACCAAUGUUGAGCUUCAGGUGGAAGUACAAGUGGAAACAGCUCUUUGUAACAGUAACCGUGCAUUCUGUGUGUGUGGACUCGCCGUCAGAGCAGGUAGAUCUGUGUUUGCGAUUCCACUCUGUCAUGGCUUCAAACGACCUGGUUUCCUGCUCUGUGAUGAUGUUGAUGAUGUUUUGGAUGUCAGGAGGAGAACCGAUCAACAAUAUGAGAUACUGAUUCCAUCCGGCGCAAUUGUAAAAGCCAAUUUGCUGAAUUAUGGAGGCUAUUUUAUGAAUGUCUACGUUGUUCCUUCCGUCCACGAUGUUGAUAAGAGUAGAGGACUCUGCGGCAAACUUUCCAACACGCGGAGAGAUGAUUUUGUGAAGAGAGAUGGAACUCAGUCUGGUCCAGGUCGUGAUUUCUCUGCAUCAUGGAGGGUUCAAGACCAAAACAAUCUUUUUGACAGAAACAAGUUUGAUCGCUUAGAACGUUGGGAUAGAUCAUGGAAUUAUUGCAAUUGUCCAAAAUGUUUGAAGCCCCCUUGCGGUGAAGUAGAGUGUGGUCCAAUGCAGGAGGCAAACGCCUGCUUUAAAUAUAGACCACCUGCGACAGAUAGCGUUAAACCAGACCCGAGAAGGUGCAGCAUCCAUGCAAGGAAAAGGCGUUCAGUUUUCGAACCAAGCACAACUUCACAUCAGAUGAUGUCAAUAAAUAAACGAGAUGCAGAUGACUGGUUAAAUGGCUGGACGAAGGAAAAUGCAACAGUGUUUUGUGAAAAACAGUUGCGCAGUUUAUCUUCCACACAGACUUGUCAAAACAUCCCGACUGUAAAUAUAUCCCAGAAUAUAGAAGACUGUGUAUUUGACAUUUGGGCAUCGGGCAGCACCGCUUUCUUUGACGCUACCACAGAUAACAUGCAAACCACUUGUAUGCAGGAAGUGACGAUGAACAGUACAUUCCACCGGGAAACUGGAGAAGAGUCAAUACUUGACAAAGUCUUCAAGAUCGCCUGUCCAAGUGGCUGCCGUGGGAAAGGUGACUGUGUCGAUGGUCAGUGUAAAUGUCAUGCAAAUUACUCGGGGUCGGACUGUUCAGUUGACCUCAAUUCUCCCCCACAACUAACGGAGGUGGACUUCGACGGUCUAUGCGAUGUAAAUGAAGAUCCUUGCACUGCUAUAUCUCUGGUUGGGGGCACGUUUGUCAAUAGUGCCAGCACAGCCUGCCGAUUUAGAGACGUUGUUGAGAAUGGUAGUCCAACUAUGGAGACAUCUGACGGGCCUGUAGACGCGUCUGUUGUAACAGCAAGCUUUGAAAAUUUGUUUGAACUCUCUUGCCGUAUACCAGUUCGCCGCACAAAGCGAUCUGCUCUAGGAGUUUCGGCUGAAGAUAAACCUUCUGCUUACCACGUGUCCGUCUCCAACAAUGGCGUCGCUUACAGCGAGGAGAGGAUUGUCGUCAUCUACAACUCCACUUGUCAGACUUGCACACUCUCUGGCACGACUGUCAGUUGCGUCAUUUCAGACGAGUAUUGCACGCUAGGUACUCAGUGCAUCCCUAAAGGCGGUAUGUAUCCAGGUGGCGGUUGUCUGGUGUGCGACAUUAACGGGAAGGAAAAGUCAUGGCAAGAAGGACCCACCUGCAGCAGCUGCACGAGAACGUCGGUUACGUGGAUCCUAACCAUGUUGCCGGUCUACAUCAUAUAUUACAUUUUCUGCAACCAUAUUAUACUAUAUUAAUCUUUGCUACAAAAGCUUGGAGGUUUUGUUACCUCCGCUAUGACGGUCAACAUCGGAGCUUUUCUAAUACCGAUUUGUGCGACGUCCGUCCAUCUGUCCGUCAACGUUCCCUUUGAAAUCUGUCUUCUAGAGUUUGGAAUGAAUUAUUCAAAGCUAUUGUACAAUGAUCCUUGUGUGCCCUUUCCGCAAACUAAUAAAUAUAUUUUUGUAAGUUUAGAUUGUUUAUAAAUUCUUUUAAAAUGUAAAUACAAAAUUUGAAAGUUUA